CCGCGCAGGCGCAGUUUGUCGCCGUCCCCUUUCUCUCCUCGCCGCUGAGCUCCUCGCUCGGCCGUGUCGCCAUGGAGGCGCUGCGGCUGCUGCCUGGGCGCGCGCGAGAUUUCGCCUCAGCCGGCUACUGGGAGCGCUUCUUUCGGGAACGAGGCGGGCGCGCUUUCGAGUGGUACGGCGAGUGGCAGGACCUACGGGCCUCCCUGGGACGGUACCUGCGGCCGCGGGACUCGAUUCUUGUGGCUGGCUGUGGGAACUCAGAACUGAGUGAGCAGCUCUACGAUGAAGGGUAUCAAGAUAUCACCAAUGUGGACAUCAGUGAAGUGGUUAUCAAGCAGAUGCAGAAGCGCAGUGCUCACCUGAGGCCUAAGAUGACUUACAUGGUCAUGGAUGUGUUGCAAAUGGAUUUUCCUGAUGAGCACUUCCAGGUGGUACUGGACAAAGGCACACUUGAUGCCCUCCUGCCUGAUGAGGAAGAGACCACUUUGAGUAGGGCAGAAAUGAUGUUUGCUGAAAUUAGCCGUGUUCUGCAGUUUGGGGGGCGCUACCUCUGUGUAACCUUGGCCCAAGCACAUGUAUCAAAGAUGGCCGUAGAAUAUUUCUCCCGGGAAGGCUGGAUGGUGCGAAUACACCAAGUCUCUGGCGACAAAGCAGGAACUUCGGAGGGAGAAUUUGCCCUGCCCAUCUUUGUCUAUGUAAUGACAAAGAUUAGGCAUGUCCCAGGCUCAGCUUUAUGCAUCCUGGAGCUGUGUGCUGAAGCACAGGACAAGCCUAUCCGGUUCAAGAGCACUGAGCAUCUGAUUGAGGCAGUGAAAGAGAGGCAACACUACGCUCUGCUACGGAGCCAGAUCAAUAAGAACCCCAGUUCUAGCACAGUCUCACUGGAUCUUUGCAGCAAGGACACUGGCCGAGCCCGUUACACUUUGCAUGUCGUGCACAACAUGACUGUGAAAGUGUCUUUUGACAAUAAAUUUGCUAUCUUCAUUGUACCACAGGGCAGAGAAACUGAGUGGCUCUUUGGGACGGAUGAGGGACGGAAGCAGUUGGCUACACAUGCAGGAUUCUGGCGUCUAGUAACUGUGGCUUUGCACAGAGAUCAACACUAUGAAGGUAUGGAAGCCAUUCAGGCAGAACUGUCAGAAAAUGUGAUGGAGCUGGCCCCACCUGGACUCCCAGCCCAGCAGCAGGUGCCUUUUCUGUCAGUGGGAGGUGACAUUGGGAUCCGCACCAUCCAGCAUCGUGGAAGUAGCCCCCUUAGUGGGGAAUAUGUUAUUGAGGAUGUGAAAGGUGAUGGUGCCCACUACUUCCGCCGCCUUAUCUUCCUCAGCAACAGGAAUGUGGUGCAGUCGGAGGCGAGACUUUCAUUCAGAGGUUCCCACAAAGGUGAAAUGAGGUGUGAUGAAGAUGAAAUGGGGAUGACCUUACUACAAGGAAAUAAGGCUUUGCCAAGGAAUAAGAAGCACAAAAAGAAGAAAAAAACAGCCUCCAUUAACUCUGCUGAGCCUACUGCUGUACCAGCCGGUCAGUCCAUUGACAAAACCUAUCUGUGUUGUGCUCACCAUAGAGCCAUGAUUGCAGGAUUGUGCCUGCUGAAAAAUCCUGAGCACCUCCCAGAGGCCCUGAUCCGUGUGCUGGUUAUUGGCCUGGGUGGCGGCAGCCUGCCCCUCUUCAUCCAUGACUACUUCCUGCAGUGCUCUAUUGAUGUAGUGGAAAUUGACCCAGCUAUGUUGGAAGUGGCUACACGCUGGUUUGGCUUUUCACCUGAAGACAGGCUCAAAGUUCACAUUGCAGAUGGCUUAGUUUAUGUUGACAGCCUUGCAGCAAAAGCUUCAUCCUUUUAUGAUGCCAUCAUGUUUGAUGUGGACAGCAAGGACUCUGCCUUGGGAAUGAGCUGCCCACCGCCAGCCUUUGUAGAGAAGUCCUUUCUUCAGAAAGUGAGGACGCUUCUGAAGAAGGAAGGCCUCUUCAUUCUAAAUUUGGUGUGUCGAGACACCCAGCUUCGAGAUGCUGUUCUGGCUACCCUAAGAGAGACUUUCCCUUUGCUCUAUGUCCGGAGGAUUGAGGGGGAGGUAAAUGAAAUUCUAUUCUGCCAGCAGCAGGCUAAACACAAGCUACCUCCUGCAGAGCUCCGAGACACAGCUCAGAUUCUGGAGAAGGCCCUGCGACAACCUGGUCAAGCAUGGGACGCUACUUAUGUCCUGGCAGAUGUACUGGAAGCAGUAAAACUGGUGUGAAGAAGAAUAAUUCAG